AAACACACCGUAUCAUUACCUAACCGACCUGACUAAACACACGCAGUGACCUGUGACAACUGUCAGCAGGUAUUGUUCCCCUGUCACAACCACGCUUCCAACCAAUAAACACUGCUCAUACUUCAAUAACCGUGCCGAUAUAGGUCCUUACGUAAUUCUUACACAAUCUGAUUCGUAGCUCCAUAUAUUAUUCGCUAUCAAUAAUCACAUUCCCGGGAAGCGAUGGCGCGAUGUCGGCCAUGAAAGGCCUGGCGGCGUCACAUCAAGGCGCGCGGCGCGUAAUUCGGAGAAAGUUGCUCUCUCUUCCGGGAAGCGGAAAUCAACGACCUCAUUUCAAACGCGCGUGUGCCUGCGCCGCGGGCAGGUGUCUGUUGUAUACCGGGGAGUGGUAUCGGAGAUUCACACUCUUGUAAUGCCGCAGAAACAUCGGAAAUAUUGCUGACACAUCGCCGGUGGAAGGACUUGCGAUGCCCGGGAACCAGGAGGGCGAACCUCCCGCGCAAGCCCGGGACAGGAGCUCGGACUUUGACUUCCAGAGAAUCAGCCGGACUGUGGACAAGUUGGAGGCGAGCGGCUGGUACUGGGGUGCCGUGAACGGCAAGGAGGCGAUGCGAGCCCUGCGGGACCAGAAAGAAGGGACUUUCCUGGUGAGAGACAGUGAAGAUUCUGCCCACCUGUUUAGCGUGAGUGUGAAGACUCCCCUGGGAGCCACAAGUGUCAGGAUAAAGUACACGCAGGAGGGAAACUUUUCCCUGGACUCCGGGGUGAAGAACCGCUGCCCGGAGUUCGACUGCGUGGUCAAGCUGCUGGACUACUACAUGCGGGAGUCGGCUGCAAACGCCGCGAAACACUUCUGGAAGGAGCCGGAGGGAAGGCGGAGGAUCCCGCUGAUUCUGUCCCGCCCGCUGGUGAGGAAAGUACCGGACCUGCAGCACCUGUGUCGCCGGGCCAUCAACGCACACACGCCCGCCGGGCUCGCCUGGAAACUCCCGCUACCAGGCCGGCUAAAAAACUUUGUCACGGACUAUCCGUUCUCAUUCUAGCAUUGUCAUGGGCACGUAAUCUCUUAGAUAGGGCUAUGUAUAUGUAUAUUUGCAUCAAAUGUUAUCGUUGUCACAGUGUGAAUGUCCCCCUAUCUAGGACGGUAUCUAUUUGUAAGGGGUCGAGGACACACUGCUCGUCACAGCGUGUAAGGGACAAUACAGCUGUGUACGUGGGUAUAGGUAAUGCAUUCUGUGGAUCAGAUGCGUCUUCAUGUCUUAAAAAGUACAACAACGAAAGCGCUGUGCACUUUGUUUACCACUGUGGUCCAAGUUCAAGAGUGAACGCCCGAUUAAGGCGACCUUUGGAUCCUGUUUAUCUAUGUUCGCAUGAAUGCACACAUCAGUACGUGCAUCCAACAAACUGUGUAGAGGCCGAUUUAGAAAGUAUGAAGAUUGUUAAAAAUAUUUUAUGACGAGAUCUAGUUUUUAGACGUAAAAAUAGUUCGUUAAGUUAACGAUUUGUGUUAACAAGUCACGAUGUUUCCCCGACUAGAAAUACAAAAUAGGUGUCAAA